AUGCGCACCUUUUCCAGACCUGACGUGCAGCCCUGUGCAGACCGUUACACAGAGGUUAUCGGAUAUCUGGAUCUCCUCCCUGAAUCAAAAGAACGCAGACCUGGCGAUCAAGAAGACCAGCAGCUGUGCAACCAGAACUCAAACCUGGACCAGGAGCAACCAGAGUCUGCUCGUAUUAAAGAGGAAGAGGAGGAACUCCUCAGCAGUCAGGAGGAAGAGCAGCUUUGGCUGAAGGAUGAAACUGAUCAGUUUUCAAUACCGGCUGCUCAUGAGGAAGAUGGUCACAGUGAUCCAGAACCAAACAGGGACCAUAUUCCCUCUUACAGCCCUCCUGCAGACCAACAUUCACCUUUAGAGGAAAGCACGGUUGAAGAUUCAGGACCAACAACGUGUGCAGAUACACAGCCAGAAAAGAGCUGUCUAACGGAGACAAAUGAGAAUUUAGGAGAGUCCUUUCUGUUAGAAAGUCAUUGUAAUGAAAGAGAUGAGAAACAACAUUCCUGCAAGUUCUGUGGGAAACAGUUUAACACGAAAAGUAAGUUAACUGUUCAUGUAAGAAUUCACACAGGAGAGAGACCAUAUUCUUGUCAAACAUGUGGGAAAUGUUUCAGUUGCCAGGAUACUUUGGUGCGCCACAUGAAAAUUCACACAAGUGAGAAGCCGUAUUCUUGUCCAACAUGUGGAAAAUGUUUCAGUCAAACUCAAUAUUUGGUGAACCACAUGAAAAUUCACACAGGUGAGAAGCCGUAUUCUUGUCAAACAUGUGGAAAAUGUUUCAGUAAAACUCAAUAUUUGGCGUACCACAUGACAACUCACACAGGUGAGAAGCCGUAUUCUUGUCAAACAUGUGGAAAAUGUUUCGGUCGCCAGGAUACUUUGGUGCGCCACAUGAAAAUUCACACAAGUGAGAAGCCGUAUUCUUGUCAAACAUGUGGAAAAUGUUUCAGUCAAACUCAAUAUUUGGUGAACCACAUGAAAAUUCACACAGCUGAGAAGCCGUAUUCUUGUACAACAUGUGGGAAAUGCUUCACUAAAAAUAAGUGUUUGGUGACCCACAUGAAAUUUCACUCAGGUGUGAAGGAAUUUUUCUGUCCAACAUGUGGAAAACGUUUCUUUUACCAGGGUACUUUGGUGCGUCACAUGAGAAUUCACACAGGUGAGAAGCCGUAAUCUUGUCAAACAUGUGGAAAAUGUUUCGGUCGCAAGGGUAAUUUGGUACGUCACAUGAGAAGUCACGCUGGUAAGAGGCCGUAUUCUUGUCCAACAUGUGGAAAAUGUUUCAAACAAAAUGAUCAUUUAAAGUACCACAUGAGCUCUAAAAGAGGAUGUCAAAAGCCACCUUCUAUGUGUGAAAAAUAAUUCAGUCUAAAUCACAUGUCCAAUUUAAGACCCGCGGGCCGAAUCCCUGAUCUAAAUGAUGAUUUAAGGGCCUCAACAGAAGUCAGACAGCUGAGAAGCUGAUUCCUGUAAAACAUGGAAAAUGUUUCCUGUAAAUUGUUAUUCAAAGGGCCACAUGAAAACUCACUAAUAAAAGACUUGCUUCUUGUCAAAUGUGGACGUUUUAACGAAAGAUUUUUGUGUGUGUGUUUAGUUUUAGAACCCAUUUGCAGGAGUUGAGGAUGUCAUUCUUAAAUAAAAGAUAUUUAA